AUGUCAGAGACAGAAGACGACGAGGUGUUUGAAUUUGACGCGCCGAUGAUAAGAGAUUUCACCAAGAAAGAGUACCAGUCGCAGAAGAAGCAGAUAGAAGUGCUGCUGAAAACACACGGAAACCCAGGCGUGCCGCAAGAUCCUUCGAAGAUAGUGAAAGAAAAGAAGAAAAAAGUCGAGAGAGCAGCACCGAGGAAGACUUUCUUCUCAGAGCUAUUCAGAGAAACAGAAAAGGAAAAAGAAGAGAAUAAAAACACAAAAACAGGACAAGAACUAGUAAAUGCAGAAGAAGACGUCUUCAAUCAAAGCGUAGACGACAGAUGGUUUGAGAAAAAAGAGAAAGAAACAGAAUCCUUCCAGGACAUGUCGGUCAAAAGCAUUGCUGGAAUAGAAAAGACCCCAAUGUUCACACAAGACCUGUUCGCAAGCGAAGAGGAAAGGGAUAUUCUGCCGCAGCUGAAGGUAAUAGCCACCCCGCCCAUUAAAAAACAGACGAAAAGAGGCAUAGGAUCGGCUGAGUUCAAUCCGAAGGAAAUAGAAGAGCUGUCAAAGUCCCUCGCUCCCUUGUACUAUAACGAAGACAGCGAGUGA